UGCUCUGAUUUGGUUUUAGAUUCCACCUAUACCUGACAGAAAAAUGGAGCGUGAACAGCAACAAAAAAAGAAAGUGUCCUUUAAAUGUACCCAGAAGCCAACACAGGAGGAUAUUUCCAAUUUGAUGAAGAAACUUCGGGAAAUGAUGGAUAAGGUUGGAAACGGACCAUCUAGUCCGAGAAUCAGAACACGACCUGCAAGAUGUCAGGCAACUAUUGCCUCUGCAUCUACCUCUUCACCUUCUGAUCCAAGAGGAGUGUUAAAUGUAAGAACCAACUUUGACCAAUAUAAAGUUCCCGUCUUCAAUACCUAUGAAGAAUUUCAUAAGACAGUUAUUCAGUCAUUUGAAAACAUUUCAAUUGUGUUGAACAUAGAUGGAAAAGUUGUUUUUAUAUCGCAGAAUGUGUUACCUCUUCUUGGCCAUCGACCAGAAGAUAUUAUGGGAAAGACUUUAUUAAAUAUUCUUCCUGAGGAGGAAAAAGAAGAAAUAUCUCAGAAGGUCGUUCUUAAUCUUCCUUUGGCACAGUCAGUUGGCAAUCUUAUUGAAUUUUGCUGCUAUAUAAGAAAAGGAAAUCCCAGCCAGGCUGCGCUGGAUACACAUGAUUACACGAACAUGUACGAAGGCAGGGACACAUAUGAGUAUGUAAAAUUCAUCUUGUACCUGCAGGAUUCCUAUGACGAGUCAUUUGUAUUUUUUGGAAAUUAUGGUCCAAAUAGCAGAAACAUUUGGUCAUCAACUCCAAGGCUGUUAUGGGAGCAACAGUACUAUCUUGUGGGAACCAUUUCAGUUCUUCGUACAAAGGAUGAAUCAGAACGUCCUGUUAAAAUUCAAUCCACUGUUAUAGUUAUUGAAUCGGAUGAUGAUGACACUGAUAUACAGUACCGCAGGCUUCUAAAACGACGCAAGAAGAAGGGAAUUCAAAGAAAGUGCAAGGCUGAAAAUUUGAAUGCGGAAUAUCCUGAAUCAGUCAAUGAAGUUGAGUUUAUAGAUAUUCAACUGGCCAGUGAACAAACACCAUUUGAAUUAGUUCAGAUCAGGCCACCGUCUCAAUCAAGUACAUGCACAAUAAUAAGUGUAGAUACAACCGUGAGCACGACCACAAGUAUUUCAUCCACAGAAUUUGCAGCAGCAGCAUUUUCACCCGCUUCUUCCCCUGAACAGGGCUCUACCAUAGAUCCAAAGUCCUCACUAGAGCCUAUGGAUAUGGAAUUUGAAGCAGGUCCAGAAUUUCUUCAAAAUGACAUCCAGGAUGAACAGGCCUCCCCAGAACAAGGAGAAUGCAAUGAUGAGGAUGUAAAGAAACCCUUGGAAGAGGCAACAAGCUCAAAUCCUAAAAAGGAAGUUAUUGAAGUUUUUGAUUCUUCUUCAGAUGAAGAUUACUGUGUAAUAGUAAAAGAAAUUAACGUUAAGAAAGGCCCUAAAAUCCAACAACCCAUCGUGGACCAAGGACAAGAACAUCAAAAGACAGUUGAGUCAUCCCCAAAGUGUCCAAGCAGAGAAGUACAGUCUCCUCGCCCAAAGGCAGUGGUGAAACCUAUGGUGCGUGGAGAUUUGCCAGCCUGUGUUAUAGCUGAGCCAAGAAGACCACAUCAGCAGGGUCCACUUUUGGGGGAAAGUGUUGACCAACGCUGUGGCCCAAGAGUGAUGAGAACACAGGUCUAUGAUUUGACUAUAAGUAGAUCCUUCUCUGAGGAACCACCUUCUUACCAAGAAAUUGAAGAAGAGGAAAGGGAACGACAACAAUAUGAAUAUGCCUUGGCUCAACGUAUUGAGAUGCUUCGCAAUUUACCAUGUGAAUGGCCGAUGGCACAGCAACAGAUGGGGCAAAGACGAGAAAUUCAGGUGAUAAACCUUACUAAUGACCUGGAACAACUUCCCAUUAAUUCCUUUGGGAAUGAUAACUCUGCAUAUUCACGAAAUGAGACACAGAGAUUUUAUGAUGAUAAUGCCGAUCAUACUCCUCCCCUGCUGCAUUGCCCAUUGGCAAGGUCACGUCAAACAACACCAGUGCCACAUGAACCAGCAGCAGAGACAUAUCAACCUCUUGCAGCAACUGAUCACCCAUCAGCAGCAGUGUCAAAUCCUUCAUCUGUAAAUUCACAACACCCAUUAGCAAUGUCACAGCUUGCCUCUUCUAACCGCCAAAGAGAGAAUGGGACACGUUUGAUUCCACCUGGUCAAGAAAAUUCAGGUUGUUUUCAGGCUGAAGAGAAUAUUGAUCCUCAUCCAUGAGGGGAAGAUGAGGCAGAAGACAGACCACCAUGGUCUGUGUGGGAAAGGGACAUACAAAAUGGGCAGAGUCCCUUUAUGGGAGAGGGAGGGUGGGUUAUUUUUUUCUCUUUUCAAAAAUUGAGUUUCUGAUGAUUUUUAAAGCAUAACCAGUUUAUUGGAAAUGAUGCUACAGAAGGAAUCUGUCACAUCCGACUUUGGGUGUGAUAGCAAGUAUUCACUGGCCCCUACUUGCCGCAAGCAAUUUCAUGAGGCAAGCUGACUUCAAUGGACAUAUGUUCAGGGGACUUUUUUUGCAACAAUAAAAAAUGCCACAUAAGUUUGAAAUAUGGAAAAAGCCACUCCACCAUGUCCUUUCCCCAAAUUCUGGGGUCUUAAUCUUGAUUUAUUCCCACAUCCCUUCUGUAGCCCUAUAACCCUGUUACAUUGGGUAACAUAUGUGAAAUAGAUUUCCAAUUGUGAGAAAUUAAUAUCUGCUCAAAAUAAGGUACAUCUUUGCUUAAUAAACACUGUGCUUUACUGUAA